UUUCCAAAACAGUACGACGCAAUCUAGCUAACUGAACACACGUUAGAGUCAGCUAGAAAAUUAAUUUAGUUAUUUUGUUAUAAAACACGAAUUUGAAGUCAAUUUUAAGGUUAUAAAAAAGGUUAGGCAUAGAGUUGCGCGCGCUUUUUUGUUUUUUUUAGGCGCGAAGGCGUGUUAGUGUCAUCCUUUGUGUUUGGAAUUGCAAAUACGGCAGAACAGCAAGAAAUGCCUUCCGAGGUGCGAACCGGCAAGUCUCUCCAGCGAGAACUGGCGGACUCCAUCAUCCGGAUGGUGCCAUUGGAUGAGAUCAGGAUCCUGUUAGCUUGUGGAGCUAAGGUGAACGAGCCAGUGACGCAGGGCCUGCGUCCGCUGCACUACGCAAUCUGGCAGCGUUACCUCGAAGCAACCAGAUUGCUGCUAGUCAGAGGAUGCGAUGUGAACGCCAGGGAUGACUGUGGAUACAGCGCCCUGCAUCUAUCAUCGGAGCAUGGCUACACGGAGCUGGUAAAGCUGCUGCUCCAGAGUGGCGCUGCGGUGGACUACCGCCCUGAUACUGGCGAGGAGUUCCCGAGAACAACACUCUGUGAUGAGCCUCUGAGACUGGCUAUCAGAAACAAACAUUAUGAGGUAGCCCGCCUCCUCCUGGAGCACGGCGCGGACCCCAACAAGCGCUACUUCUUCGGCGCCGAGAUCAACCUGGUCUCGGACCCUGAGUACCUUGAGCUGCUGCUGACCUUUGGAGCCAACCCUGACUCCCGUGACCGCGCGGGCCUGACGCCGCUCAUGAAAGCCGCUAGGCAGAGGAAGGGCAUGGAAGCGGUUCUGUUCCUUAUCAGCCACGGCGCCGAUGUGAACGCAAUGGCAGACGCCAGGAACGACUAUCGUACGGUGCUGCACUACGCCGUGCUGAGUGGUAACACAGACGUAGUGAAUCUCUUGGUGAAGCAAGGAGCCAGGGUUAACUACCAGUGCCCGGCGCUGAGCAAGCCCAGCGCGCUCGACCUCGCCAUACUGAAGGGAGACGUGCCGAUGGUGCAGCUGCUGCUGGCUGCUGGUGCCAGAGUAAACUCUUCUAGCUCCGUGAUUGGUUCACCUCUCCACGUGGCCUGCUCAGACAAUAUCACCAAUAGGAAGGAAAUAGUUCAGAUCCUUCUAGAGAGCGGAGCAGACCCGAACCUGAAGGUGUACAACGAUGAUGACGCGACGCAGCUCCGGCCGGCCCUGGCGGAGUACCUCGCCAGCAACGCCGACCCCAGCGGCGAGAUCGUGGCCAUGCUGCUGCGACAUGGCGCCAGGGUAAUUAUGAAAACUCAGUUCCGUGACCCGGAUGGCAUCCUAAACCACCUCCAGAACGUCACCGCGGAAGAAUACGAGCACAUCUUCUACCAACUUCUGGAAGCCGCCGAGUCCUUCGAUCUUUGCAUGAUAAAGAGAAAUAGCAGUCUCAACCCUAUUCAAAAACAAACCCUAAUCGAACGAGCUAAGACUCCUAUUUCCUUGCUCGCUCAAACUAGAAUCUUCUUCCGUAGGCAGUUAGGCAAUUUGCUCGUGGAAUUAGCUCCCAAGUUCGAAAUACCGAAAACCCUGCACCAUUAUUUGCUGUUUGAGUGCAGUUAAAGAUAUUUUUGUAAUUUUAAUGGAUUUUUAAUUCGGCACAAGAUUUCCUUGGCCUUUUGUCGGUGUUGCCAGAAAAAGCUAGUGUCCCCUGAUUGUGGGGAAUUGAUUGGAUUGUGAGGACCGUGAAAAGGAACGGUAAAAUAUCGGAAAAUAUAUUUUGUAUUUUAUAAGUCUAUUAUUGUAUAAGUUUGACACUUACGUCAAUUGUGUUGUUUUAUCGCUCUGUUUUUAUAUUAAAUUUUUUUUUUGCUAAAUUGUAGAGCGAAAUAUUUUAAUGCGACAUUGAUAUUAUCAAAGAUAGAUAUAACUCUGUAAUAGAUGGUACCUUUGGCCUACUCUCGUCAAAUAUUGCAAAUAAAAAAAACAUUUAUCCAUAUAAUAUAUCCAUUUAUCACAUUUUUUGAUAUUUUUAUUUUUAGUUUUAAUCGUGUGUCGAUAGAUGGCAGUGAAUUUACUGUGGCUACAUAUGACAGUACCGCUCUAUCCUAUUAUAUCCUCUUUGAUUAUAUUUGUAUGCAUUAAAUUAUGUUUUCAUUUGAACUUUUAUUAUUUCGACUACUUCUGUUCGAUUUUUUUUCGCUUAUGUUAAGAUUACCGCGAAGAUGUCCUAUUUCUAUUUGUAUUGUGUAGUUUUAUCCAUUUUGUAGUCUGAUUACAUUAUUGCUAUGUGAUACAUUGUGAUAUAUGAUUAUAAUUAAGUUUCUACUUGUGAUCGUGCAUGAUCUCAGGUAUAUUAUUCUCCUGCGACCUGCGACUGUAUUUUGAAAAUAUAUGCCUGAAGAAGAA